AUGUUUCCCUCCAGCAUGUGGCUGUGCGUCCUCCUGGCGCUGCCCCUCCCUCGGUCUUCGUACCAGUCGUGCACAGUCGGGACGCCCCGGCAGUGUCUUGACGCAGAGUUUGCGCCCGGCGCCAAUUUGGCCGGAGAAGGUUUCGACAUCACCAAGAUGAAGCGAGUGGGGGCUUUUGUGGUCAACAUGAACGAGUGGAAACGCAAAGACAAAACGUGCACCCUGUGCAGCAACCCCUUCAUGGAGAGCCGGAGGCAGAAGCUGCCCCUGUCGGUGGUGGACUGGAGGGCCCAGCAGUCCUGCAGCAGCCAGGUGGCCUCCAAGCUCUACAAGUCCAGCGAGGCUCUGGUCAGCUCCGUCACGUCGCUGGUUGAAAACAACUGGAAGGUUGGUUUAGACCUCAGAGUAGGACAUAAAGGCGCCUCGCUGAUGUUGGCCGGAACCAACUCCAAACUGUCCGAAUACUCAAUGGAGAAAACAAAGAACGACAAGUACAGCUUUACGAGCCACGGUGCCUCCUGCGAGUACUACAGCUACCGAGUGUCCAACACGCCCAAGCUGCACCAAGAAUUUCGUAAAGCGGUGAAACAGCUCCCAAAGAAGUACAGCGCAGAAAACAAGCAGGCGUUUUACAAACUGAUUGAAAACUUCGGCACCCACUACAUCACCAAGGUGAAGCUAGGAGGAAGCGUCCGGUCCGUGACCAGCAUCCAGCAGUGCGAGGCCAGCCUGCAGGGCCUCAGCGGGGAGGAGGUGCAGUCGUGUCUCGCGAUGGAGGCGUCCGCGAGCUUGAAAGUCACGGUCAACGUCGAAACCAAACACUGCAAGAAGGACAUCCAGAAGACGGGCAGCAAAUCGGACUUCUCCAGCGUCUUCAGCGACAGGCUCACGGAGAUAAAGGGCGGCCACACCACGGAACCAGACCUCCUCUUCUCUGCUCGCAAAGAACCCUCGGCCUACAAAGACUGGCUGAAGACCGUCCCGCAACACCCAGACAUCGUCUCCUAUUCGCUGGACUCGCUGCACGAGCUGCUGCCGGCCAACACCUCGGAAUGGCACAACCUGCGCUCGGCCAUCGGCCACUACAUCCUGGAGAGAGGCCUGUGGAGGAACUGCACCGACCCGUGCGCGACCGGUAGGAGGAGCGACCCGAGGGAUCCCUGCGUCUGCCGGUGCCACGGCAACGCCGCCGCCAACACGGACUGCUGCCCGACCCAGAGAGGUCUGGCCGAGGUCAAAAUCACGGUGCAGCACGCCUCCGGCCUGUGGGGAGACAUACUCUCAGCCACGGACGGAUAUGUGAAGGUGUUCGUCAAUAAAAUGCCGCCGCGUAUUUCACCCGUCAUUCACAACAACAACAACCCGCACUGGGGCUUUCUGGUGGACCUGGGCCUUCAGGAUCUGUCCAUGGUGAGCAACGUGCGGUUCGAGGUCUGGGAUAAGGACUACUGGUGGGAGGGCUGGGACGACGACCUUUUGGGGAGUUGCUCGCAGGUUCUGUCCGCAGGCGCGAAGCCGGACGUCUGCUACUUCAGCCACGGCAAGCUGUUCUUCAAGUGGGAGGUGAGGUGCGCCCCGGGUCUGGGAGGGAAGUCGUGCAGGGACUACGUCCCUUCCCCGAUGAGUCAGAGCAUGAAGAAGCUGUACGUGUCCCGUCACGCCCGUCCAAUUCCAGACGCCAUGCUGUCUGAGAUGGGAGUGUUUGUGGACAAGGCCAGUUGGUGGGGGAAGAAGAUGCAGGGAUACGAUGCUAAAUAGCAGGCCCGCUGGCCCUCAUGAGGCCGACGCGCCUAAAGACAGCCACAGUGUAUUAAACUGUGAAGGCUGAAGAUUGGGUCGUCAAAAGCAAGAUCAUAGCUUUUCUUUUAAAUGAUUGCAUAUUUUGAAUAAAAAAGAAAAAAAAAUUGUGCUAAUCUAAGCUUCUUCAUGCAUCAAUAGCCGGCACCUUUUUUCACAUGUUGCUAUUAAGUGGUAUUGUUCAGUGAUAGGCUGGGAAAUGACCUCUUCCUAGUUUCAAGACAGCUUUAACAGAUAAUAUUAAAAUGUUCCGAUUGGAUCUGCAGUAUCGGAUCAGGACUAAUUUCAAUGUUUCUUUGUUAAUUUGGAAGCACAAAUGGCACCUUCCUGAUUGCAAGGUCAGGACACUGCUGUUUGUUGAAGCUAGCUAAGUAGCUAGGCUAACAAAUUCAAUCUAGUUGAACGUUUGGAAGAGAAACCCGAAAUGAAACGGUGGAAGGAAGUCAGCAGUCUGGAUUCAGAGGUUGGGCUGGGGGAGGUUUUUUCUCGGGACAGUUCUUCAUUUAUUCAUUUUCAUGGAACAGCUUCAGUGUCACAUUUUACAUCUUUUAAAGUUAUCACCCUGUUAUUUUCACUUCCGCAGCUUGUUUUCAUUGGUUUGGUGUGAAGGAAUAAAAUACAGAGCA